GUGAGUGUAGUGUAUGUAGCUGUCACGCUUGUUUUACCUUCAGUGUUUCUGAAUGAGAGUAUCUGCGGAUGAAACGCUAACGUUAUCUAGUUCAUAACUUGUGCCUGAAGUUCAGCAAACAGGCGAACGUUUGCAAACAAUUACAUUUUCUUCCGUUAGCAUUCUGUUCGCUGUGUUUGCAAACGGUCUGAAAGAUUUGCGGCGAACAAUGAGGAAGCUGGACUGAGGGAAAUGUGAAGAUUUCAGUUGACGGAUAAUGUUUUGUCGCACAUCGGUUUCAUUUUCAUGCUCUCGCUUUUUUCUUUUUUUUUUCUUGUCCACGACACUAAACUUCCACUGCACUCGCUCAUAUUUUAUUACGGAAGGUGGCUGAACAAGAUUCCAGUCAGACGACGCAGCUCAAUUUUGCUGAAGUGCGAGUUCAGACAGCGCUGAACAAGAGCCCCAGACAAUGAUCAUGGUCCAUACACGGGAGGAACUGGAUCAGCUGGCUGCUGGCUACAUUUCAGACACCAUGGGCUGUAUUCACACGGUGCAGGAGUUCUGUGACAGACACUCAGAAUGGCUCCAACGGAGAAAGUCUGAGCUGAAGAGGAUGCGAGACGUCACAAAGGGGACUGCGGAGAGCUGGGCCCAGGAGCUGGAGGAGGAGCUGGAAUGCCUGCUCCAAGACACCCUGAAGGGGCUUGAGAAGCUGACCCCGUUCCUGCAGGCUGUGGAGAUGCUGGCGGUCACGUCGCUCUCCGUCUUCGAGGAGGAGAAUCCGGUGUGCCAGCUCCCUGAGGGGGUGAGCGCUGAUGCCGUUCGUUCAGUCAUCACCGCCGCCAGGGGAGCCUGUCCGCUUUUGCUCCAUUUCAAGAGAGACGACGGCAAAUUCUUUCGGCCCAGCCAGGUGAACGUGGACCUGCUGGCUUUCCAGCUGGACAAAUACUUGAGGGUUUCCCAGGAGCUGUGUGAGAAGCUCCAGAAAAGAUCAGACCGGCACUUCAGGAUGACCUACCUGUUCAGGGGAUCAGCCCAGCGGUUCAUCGGCCUGUUCAGCCAGCGCCGCUCCAGGAUGCAGCAGUUCCUGGUGGCUCUGGAGGAAGAAGCUGUGAAGCUGGACAGGAUGAAGAUGGGGGCCAGCAUCUCCAGUGUGGCGGGCAGCAGUGUGAGCCUCGUGGGAGGCAUUGCAUCCAUCGCGGGCCUGGCUCUGGCCCCUUUCACGGCGGGGGCAUCGCUGACCCUCAUGAUGGUCGGCGUUGGGCUGGGGGUCACCAGUGGCUUGAGCAGCUUAGCUACAGGUAUCACCGAAUUAUCGGUCAACACUCACCACAGGAAGAAGAUCAAUGAAAUCUUCCAGAGAUUCUCUGAAGAUGUGAAGACUAUGCAGAAGUGUCUGGAGCAAGUGGCCAGGUGCAUUAUACCCAACACGGUGCCAGAUGGGCUGGAUGUUGCGACACGUGUUGUGACUUUAGCCAAAACCACACAUUCUGUGUCUAAAGGGAUAGAUGGCUUAGUGGAUUGUGCUUCCGCCAAAAAGGUGCUCAGAGCCAAAGAGUUGGCCUCAAAGUCAAAUGCUGCCCGAAAGAUUCCCAACAUGGCGGACGAUCUCGGGCAGUUGGCUAAGGGCACUCCCCUCGCCCUAAGCAAGUCUGCCAGGGCGGGGUUCAUCGCCCUCAACGCCUUCUUCAUUGGCGUGGACAUCUUCUUCAUCUACAAAGACAGCAUCAGCCUGGCCAAUGGGGACAAGAGCGAUGUGUCAAAGGUCAUCCGCAGGAGGGCCAGUCUGUGGAAGACCGAGCUGGAUGCAUGGGAGAAGAUCUAUCACUCUCUGUGCAUCGGGAGAUUGAGCUUCGAAAGGAGUGAGGAGGUCCUACGGAUGCCAUUUUACCAGGCACAAAAAAGGCACACUUUAAAGUUACUUGGCUUUCUUUGGCUGGUAUUAGUUGUAUUUUAUUUUUUAUUUAUUUGUUAUUGAAAGUCUAUCAAAUAUAAAGAGGGAAAUGUAUAGUAGUAUCCACGUAAAAAUACACUGUAUUAAAUUAAUACUCCGCUGUCCAACCCCCCCAUAUGGUUUUGUCAGUUUCAGUCCAUCAUCGUCCGACAUACAACUUCCAAAUACAACUUAA